UUAUUUUAAUUUCUCCCCCCUCUCACCGCCGUUCACAGCGGAAUGUAAUGAGCAAGGAGACUAGAACAAACCCCUCUUUCUCUCUCCCAUAAAACCGCGCCAUAUUCGUAAACUCCUCUCUUUCUCUCUCUCUCUCUCUCUCUCUCUAUUGAGUCUAGAUCCAGAGAUCGGUGCGUGUCCCCGAUGACGAGGGUGCGGCGGCGAGGGCAUCAUCGGGCCAUCUAAGGCGGCGGCGGCGGCGGUGUCGAGGGAUUGGAGACGGGGUCGUCGUCUCCGGCGGCGGCGGCGGCGGGGGAGGCGGAGGCGAUGCCUAGGACGCGGCUCCGGGUGUGGUUCGUGACGGUGUGCGCCGCGAUCGUGGCGUGGACCUGCCUCGUCCAGCUCAUCGCCUUUGGGCGCCUAUGGCGCCAUCGCAGCGGCGGCGGCGCAUCCUCCGCCGAGUCCUGGGAUUGGAACCCUACUCGGAUCCUGUUUAGGUUUGGGGUCGGGGCGUCGGAUCCGUCGCCUGCUCCUUCGCCGCUGCCACCUCCCAGACUCUACACGAGCAAUGGUUAUUUAACAAUAUCUUGCAAUGGUGGCUUGAACCAAAUGCGUUCAGCAAUAUGUGAUAUGGUGACUGUUGCUCGUUUGCUUAAUCUCACACUGGUUGUUCCAGAGCUUGAUAAGACAUCUUUUUGGGCUGACUCAAGUGUCUUUGGUGACAUUUUUGAUGUGAGACAUUUCAUUGAUUCGUUAAGAGACGAGGUUCAUAUAGUUAAAAGGCUUCCAAAGAAGUUUAGUGAGAAUGCUUCCAGCAAUUUACUUAGGAUGCGUCCAGUGAGCUGGUCGGAUGAUAAAUACUACUUGCAACAGAUCUUGCCACUCUUCAACAAAUUCAAGGUGAUACAUUUUAAUAAGACAGAUGCGCGGCUGGCAAAUAAUGGCCUUCCUUUGGAGCUGCAGAAGCUGAGGUGUCGUGUUAAUUUCCACGCACUAAAAUUUACUCCUCAAAUUGAGGAAUUGGGGAAUAAAUUGGUUCAAAUCCUUCAACAAAGGGGAUUUUUUGUGGCCUUACAUUUGAGAUAUGAGAUGGACAUGCUGGCUUUCUCUGGCUGUACGUAUGGUUGCUCUAAGGAAGAAUCUGAGGAGCUGAAAAGGAUGAGAUAUGCAUAUCCAUGGUGGAGGGAGAAAGAGAUAAAUUCAGAAGCCAAGAGAUUGCAAGGCUUGUGUCCGCUUACGCCAGAGGAGACCACACUAAUCUUAAAAGCAUUGGGAUUCGAUAAGAAUACUCAAAUCUACAUUGCGGCUGGUGAAACUUAUGGUGGAGAGAGAAGGCUUAAAGAAUUACAAACAGCAUUUCCUAACCUUGUGAAGAAGGAGAUGCUGGUUGACCAAGAGAUUCUGGGACAAUUUCGAAAUCACUCUUCCCAAAUGGCCGCACUGGAUUACAUGGUUUCGAUAGCCAGUGAUGUUUUUAUCCCCACAUAUGAUGGAAACAUGGCAAAGGUUGUUGAAGGCCAUCGUAGGUAUCUUGGAUAUCAAAAGAGUAUCUCUCUGGACAGGAGAAAAUUAGUGGAUCGUCUAGACUUGUACAAGAAUAACACUCUUUCGUGGGAUGAAUUUGCAUCCUCUGUUCGCGAAAUUCACAAAAAGAGUGUUGGACAACCAGCCUGCCGAAGAGUAGUAGCUCACAAGCAUAAGGAGGAAGACUACUUUUAUGCUAACCCUUACGAGUGCUUAGUUAAUACAUCAUGGUGCGUCGAACAAGGAAAUUCUCGCUCUUCAAGAUGAUUAGUUAUCAAUCAAUUAAAUAUAGCAUUUACCGGAGGUAAAAAAGCCCCUUUUUUUGUUAUGUUGAGUGUUUCUGUUUUCUGCAAGUUCUUCUUAAUUGGGAAGCAGCUUUUGUAAAGCCCUAAUUUGUUUUUAUUAUUCGUUUUUCUUAUUCAUCUCCUAAUUAAGUUUUGAUUUGCUGAGUUGUAAAUCAACAAAUUCAGAUGUAUCUAUGCAGCUGGGGUAUAUAGUUUGUUU